UUUUUUUUAAUUGUAUUUUUAACAACCCAAAACAUGGCAGACGGUUCAGAUGAGGAUGCUUGCGUUGCGUUUAAAAGUGGAUUGAAAACGCGCAAGUGUUUCAGGAAACGCAAGUGUUCAGAUGAGGAUGGCUCGAGAAGCGAUGGAGAAGACGAUAUAUCAAGGGAAAUUCUUCAAGACACCAAGGAGAUCCAAAAGCUUCGUAAACGGCCCAAUGGUGUCAGCGUCAUAGGCCUCAACUUGGGCAAAAAGCUCACUGCUAAGGAGGAACUUGUGAUUGAUGACCCUUUCAAGUUGAAGACAGGAGGCAUGAUUGACAUGAAGGCCCUUAAAGGGAAGAGGGUUACCAUGGAGGAAUUGGAUGCUGUUAACUUGGGCAACACAUUCUCAGUGGAGACGAACCAGCGGGAUGAAGAUGCUGACAUGAUGAAGUACAUUGAAGAAGAACUAGCCAAACGGCGGGGUCGUGUCCAAGAGCCUCAGCCAAAACCACAGAAACCUGUGGAUGAAAAGGAUGUGCUCUUCCACGUGCCUGAGCACCUACGCAAGUCAACAUCCAAGAAGUCCGAAGAGAUGCUGUCAAAUCAGAUGCUUUCGGGCAUCCCAGAAGUUGACCUUGGUAUUGAGGAGCGCAUCCGCAACAUUGAGGCAACUGAAGAGGCCAAGUUGAAGCUGAUUCGGGAUCGGAUGGCCCGGAAGGAGCGAGAGACAUCAUUUGUGCCCACCAACAUGGCCGUCAACUUUGUCCAGCACAACCGUUUCAACAUUGACGAUGGUAGCCGGUCACGGCACGUGCGGCGCCCUGUUCGUGAGAAAGAGCCGCCACCCCCAAAGCCUGUUGUAGUCAUUGCGGAAGCUGAAGGAGUUGCCGACCAGAUUCCAGGCCGCCAGGGCAGAGGGGGCAAAGGAUCGUCAAGGUCAAGAGGAAAUGACGAUGAAAAGGCCACUGAUGACUUCCACUUUGAAAAGUUCAAGAAGCAGUUCAGACGCUACUAACUCCCCACUUCAGAUAAGAGACACAGAAUUAGCACAUUUUUCUAGGCACAUUGCUUAGUUAUUGUGUAAAUAGGUAUCAAUAUAAACCCUACAUUCAGUCUCA